AAGUUGUCAAUGUCAACAAAAAUCAAAAAUUCAAAACAUGUUUCUGUGUACCGAAGAUUUAUAAAACUUUAUAAUAAAAUACGAAAAUAAUCAAUUAUUAAGUGACAAACAAAGUGCAAAUAUGCUACGACGGCAGGCGCGAUUGCGCCGUGAAUAUUUGUUCAGAAAAUCUGCGGAGGAAAAACAGAAGAGUAUACAAGCUAAGAAGGAUCAACUCAAACGUAGUUUGGAAGAAAACAUCCCUAUACAUGGAGAUUUACGGAAAGAAGCUAUCGCUCUGCAGAAGAGAAUAGAAUAUGAAGACAAAGGUCCGGAAAGAGCAGCAGUGAUAGGUGGCUUCAGUGGGGGAGCAAACACUAUGAACUCACAGGACGACGAGUACAGAUAUGCUGGUGUUGACGACCCUAAGAUUAUGAUCACCACAUCUAGAGAUCCCAGUGCAAGGCUGAAGAUGUUUGUGAAGGAGCUAAGAUUGAUAUUUCCCAACAGCCAGCGCAUGAACAGGGGAGGUUACGAGAUGUCGCAGCUGAUACACGCGUGCCGUGCCAAUGACGUCACCGACUUCAUAGUGGUGCACGAGCACAGGGGUGUGCCCGACAGUCUGGUCAUUUGCCACCUACCGUACGGGCCCACGGCGUCGUUCACACUGUCGGGCGUGGUGAUGCGACACGACAUCCCCGACAUGGGACCCAUGAGCGAGCAGUACCCGCAUCUCAUAUUCCACAACUUCAAAACUGACUUGGGUGUAAGAACAAUGAGCAUAUUGAAGUACCUGUUCCCGGUGCCGAAGCCAUCCUCCAAACGAGUGAUCACGUUUGCCAACAACGAUGACUACAUCUGCUUCAGACACCACACAUAUAAGAAGGCUGGCAAAGACAUAGAGCUAUCAGAAAUAGGGCCCCGCUUCCAAAUGAAGCUGUAUGAGAUCAAGUUGGGCACGAUGGAAGCCCUGGACGCGGCCGACACCGAGUGGGCGCUCCGCCCCUACACCAACACGGCCGCCAAGAGGCGCUUCCUCAGUGAGGAGGACGGCUGGCAGGAGGAGGAGUGACGAGGGAAUUUGUUAAUAAAAAUGUUUAACGCUCAA